AUGUCUGGUAGAGGUAGUGGUAGAGGAGCUAGAGGCACCAAUGACCUCAUGGAACACAUGGCUCAGAUUCUAGAAGCCAUGGUGCAUAAUCAAGGUGGAGAGCCGGCUCCAAAGUUUGAGGGUGGAUUCAAUCUUGAAAGAGCCCAAAGGUGGGUGGCUGAUGUGGAGAAGAUCUUCAAUGCAAUGGGAUGUCGUGAGAAGAACAAGGUUGCCUAUGCCACCUACUUGCUGUGUGGGAACUACUUUCCCCGGGACCUAAGGAAGCAAAAAGCUAGGGAGUUCCUUGAACUGAAGCAAGGAAGUAUGAUUGUAGGAGAGUAUGCAGCUAAGUUCCAAGAGCUGAUGAAGUACUGGCCUCAUUAUCAGCAUAGUGAUGGAGUGGAGGAUCUGUGUGCUCAGUUUGAGCAUGGAUUAAGGUCAGACAUUCGGGUUACAGUCAGUGUCUUUCAACUGACGGACUUGCCCACUCUGGUGAGCAAGAGCAGAAUCUUUGAAGCUAACUCAAGAGGGAAGACGGUGGACACUAAGGGAGCCGGCCCAGUGAGGCAAGAUAGAAGACCCCCUAGGUUCUCAAGGAGACCGUAUUCGGGUUCAAAUAGCUCUCAGUCUCGAGGGAGUUCAUCUUAG